AUGUAUUUUGUCGAAGUAAUGUUAGGGAGUCUGGUGUUCGGGUCAUUUUCAGACAAAUAUGGAAGAAGACCUGUGUUCCUGUUUACAAUGUUUUCUUCAUUUGUUCUUGGCUUGUUUUUGUUCUUUAUAAAGAACUAUAUCGCAUUUGUUGUCCUUCGGUUCUUCCUCGGAUUCGUACUUCAGGUUAGUUGAAAUUCUUAGCCGAUACUGACAACUGACAAGAUUUAAGCCUCGCGUACAGACGAACAAUUUAUCCAAGUUAUUUGUUUGUUUGUUUGUGUGUACGGCAAAAUAAUUGAUAAUUUUUCUUUGCCAAGGAGCCUUGUUCCAAAGCUAGUAAUGCCAGCUUUUGGACUCAAGGAAAAUUUAUGGUUUUGGCAAACAAAAGGCGGUCAUGACAUUAAAUAAAUGUUUAACAACAUUGGCCAUGCAUGCACACGAGCAACAAAAUCUGUCAAGGAAAACUUGUUAACCGUACACACGAAAAAGACGAACUAUCUGGUAGGUCGUAUAAAUACGGCGUUAGACUAGAACAAGCACCAAAAAAUCGGGUAUAUACGUUCGACGUAACAGUCAGCCAUCGACCAUUUUCCAAGCAAGACUCCAAUUAUAUGCAUGGCCGUCAACUGAUUGCUCUGCACGUACGGGCCGCGCGAGGUUAUGGCCGAACCUUUAGCUAUACAUUUAUUUUAAAAAUUUCCUAUCAUUUUUGCAAACUAACCUGUUACUCGUACAAAGGAAGUUAUUAUACUUAUAGUUACAAUAUAUCCUAUAUCAUUUGCGAUUUUGUUGAGAUGAGUACCAAAGUACAGGGUGUCCCAAAAAACCCGAAAACUAUUGAAAUCACCAAUAACAAUUUAAUUGUUAGAAUUUGAAUGCCUUAGCGCUCUGUUGGUUCCCACGAGUGCAUAAAUGAUUGACAUAAGUAAAUUUUAUGCAUAAAGAAACUGUUUAAGAAGCUGUUUUUAAUUCCCAGGAGCAGAAAAUCGCGCACUUUACCAGGAGAUAUUCCUAACUAAAUUCUGAUACAUGCACCUUGUCAAUAUUUUACGCAUCAUUACGUCCAGCUGUUUGGUAGGGCAUUCAUAUUUAACAAUAAGUGAUUUCAAUAGUUUUCGGGGUUUUUUGGGACACCCUGUAUACAGGGUGUAUAAAAAAAAACGCAACCUCGGAAUUUCCCAAGAAAUCGACAUUGUUUUAAAGACAAAAGAUUUUAGGCGCCUGGGAAUUUAAAAUAGCACAACUGUCAAAAUUACUGCACACGCGAGUGCAUAAAGCAAAAUUUAUGCAUUUAUUUAAUACACAACAACAGUAAUAUGAUCUAUUAGCAAUUCGAUUUCAAUUCCCAGGGGCCUAAAAUCUUUUAUGCUUAAGAAUUGCAAAGUGAUUUCUUAGGAAAUUCCGAGGUUGCGUUUUUUUUUAUACACCCUGUAUGCAUGUAGUAUAGAAUUUAUUAUAUUCAAGUUUCUUACGCAAGUGAAAUGAAUGCAAUGUGCUGUACACCUUUUCUCUUUUGUGUCUUAUAAAUAACUUAAGGACACUUGGCGAUUUAGGUCAUAAAUUAUACAAUGGCUAAUCAUGCAUUCAGUUUAUACUGUGCCCGGCAAAACAAAACAAAUAUUUGCUAAUUUAUCAUCCAAUUUUCACUCAAACUGUUUAACCAAAAUUAUAGUCCCACACAUUUUCAUAUUUAAAAUCAACAAACACACACACAGCCACACACAUAUGAUGGGUUUUACUAAUAAUUGGUGUCCGAUCAUGUCGGACCAAGACGUGGAUUGGUAUAUUGUCAGACCAAAUUUUUCAAAAUAAUAUUGAACUCUGCAUCCUUUGUUCCCAGAACCAUUGGAGGAUAUUAUACGAGUCCAUUUUUCGUUUAUUUAUUUAAUUAGGUGUGUUUUUUUUAAACUGGCGCUUGCUGUAAAGUUACAUAGCGAGUAUUUAGGUGCAUGUGAGCUACUGGCUAAUCAGAAGACACGUAGUGACUACAAUGUAUAAUAAUUCGUCUUAUGUUUACACCAAGGCUGAUGAUCCAGUAUCUUGAUGGAUUAUCACAACGUAAUUCCAAAAGCAUUAAUUGGACCCCUGCUGCACAGUUCAAAUCAUUUACUUGUUUUAUGUUCCUCGUUUUCCAGGGCCUACUAAUCGUCACCUUUACCAGUCUGGUGGAGAUAUUUGCCAGUCAAUACAGAACUUUCACUGGUCUUGGUGUGGAAUUUCCUUGGGCUGUUGGAAUUAUGACAUUUUCACUGUUCUCGUAUCUCAUCAAAGAUUGGCGUUAUAUUCAGUUGAUGUCCACGUCAGUUUGUCUCUUUCAAAUUGGACUUGUUUGGUAAGUACUGGUUAUGGUGAUUCUGUCGUAGUUGGUAGUUUCGCUAUUUAAUUAAAGGACAGCAGUAUAAUGCGGGUCAAAUUAAACUAUAUACUGGAUGCGAGGCUAUUACAAAUAAUAAAGACUGGAUGACCAUUACUUCUCCACCCUGAUAACAGUAUGGUAGUUGAUUUUUGCGCAUAUAGGGGUCGAGGUUUUGCGGUUUUAACUUUCAGAGGACAACCAUAAUUAUUGAAUUAGAUGUACAAGGAGCAAAUAUUCAAAAUAUCACUCUGCAUGACUACUGACACACUAGACUCCUUGUCUGGAGUAUCGAAACGUUUGGUCGCGGAUGUGAUUUGUUCGGAGAUAACAUUUAUUUACUUAAAACCUUAAAUUUUAACUCAAAAUAUUAUCAUUUUACUAUAGGUGCUUGCCCGAAUCCAUUCGUUGGCUUCUGAUCAAUAACCGUUUUGACCAGGCAGAGAAUAUCGUUAGAAACAUCAGUACUUUCAACAAGAUUCCCUUUCCAAAAGAUAUAUUUGAUAAAACGGUUAAUGAGAUUGAAAAGACAGAAGCAAACAAGUCUGAUAUCAAGAGUUAUACAAUUGCUGAUAUUUUCAGGUCAAGUGUGUUGAGGAAACGAUCUUUGACUAUGAUGGUGGCAUGGUAAGUACUGCCUGCAUGGUGUUGUAGAAAAUGUAUGCAGGUUAGGUAGAUCUGAGUAAGGUUUAUCUGUUUGAGAAUCGCCCUCAGAAUUCUUUAAUUGUUGCUCUCCAUCUCCUUUGAUCCAAAGCUAAAUUUUCAUUGAUGCAUGGUAUCUCGUUCCAAAUCUUUCUUUACUAUCUCAUACUGCUUCCGUGGUUAACCAGCUUUGCCGUUUCCCAUUCUCCUUCCUUUCCAUCGAUGCAUAUACCUUUAUUCGUUGCAAUUCUAUUAGUACCAAUAGUGUUACCACUGCAUGUUAGACAAUUACGAUGUGGUGCAUGGGACGGCUGUUAGCCUGUUACGUCCUUCCGUCUCAUCUAAAGUGAAGCUAUACAAAGUAUUCAGAAUCGUAAACGUAAAAUGACCCUGAAAUCGUAACCACCUCAAACUCUCAAAUGGAGUCAAUAUAUUUGGAGAGGAGACGCUUUCAUAAAGCGAUUGCUGUGUACAAAAGUCGCCACCAUGAGUACGAGGGAAUAGAGCUUAACCGCACUCGACGUUCGGUUAUACAUAUGCCAUCUUAAAGCCCGGAGAAAGAGCGAUUUUACACUUUCCAAACUGAAAACCGAACAGCUAAAAAGAAAACUUCAGUAUUCUGGAACUCAAAGAUGGAACGCUUUUUCCAAUGACAUUAAAAACUGCAUUUCUUUCCAAAUUUUAUCAUGCAAAUUUGCAAUUCAGUUAAGGAUUUUUACAUUUAUAUAUAUUAAUUUGAUGCAUGCUUAUACUAUUCAAUACUUUGUAAUAUAUACCUUGCAAAUACCUAAGUUUUUAACUUUAGCAUUUUUAAUAUUGUAAAUACUACAGUAUACCUGUAUCUACUAAGCCAGGGCCUCAGAACAGCAUUUAUACGCUGAUGGAAUUACUCUGCAUAAAUGAAGCAUCUAUAUACAGUAUCUAUCUAUUCAUCUCUGUGACUACGAUUCCUACAAUUAUAUGCAUCAGCGUUAGCUUUUCUAGUUGCUUCUAUAGUUUUACCUAAACAAACAUCGCAAGUUUUCUACUGACUGGACAGCUAGGCAAAACAGUUUAGAACUGAUAAAGCUAUCUGGUAUAACUACUAAUAACAACUGCAUGCCCACUUAACAUUAACAUUUCGUAAUCUUUUAGGUUUUCAACAUCUCUGGAUUACUAUGGCCUGUCAUUGAAUAUCUCAAGUUUUGCUGGAAAUAAAUACUUAAAUUUCUUCAUCAGUGGGGCAUUGGAGCCGAUCAUUAUUACUUCAACCAUUGUGAUCUUAAAUAGGUGCGUUAAUUGUGGCGACCUCUCUAAUAUAAAGACACCUCUCUAAUACGGACACCUUAAUAAUAUAGACACCUCUCUAAUACGGACACCUUAAUAAUAUAGACACCUCUCUAAUACAGUAAAACGGAUACCACUCCAAUACAGUGGACAGCUCCCUAUUACGGACACUUCUCUAAUACGGACACCUCUCUAAUACCGGCAACUUUUUAUUUAUAAGAUGAAGAGUUCAAGUUUAAAUAUUUCUUUAUUUAGAUUUGGACGACGUAUACCAGUAUGUGUUAUUUUUCUUGUCGCUGGAUCAGCUCUUAUUAUUGCCGGAGUGUUGCCAAAGUCGAACAGUAAGAUAUUCUGAUGUUUUCUAGACUUAUUCAUGGAUUACGCUCUGUUUCUUCUUUAAGGCAGCUUUUAGCUUUAACCCCAGACUGACCCGGGGUUGGCUGCUCAGAUUCUUCUUGAAUUGCUUGUAUAUACAGUAACUAUACUGUACUGUAGGUUUACUGUUAAGGUUCUGCAGGUUGGAAUGGCUAGUGUUAAUAUUUAAUCUUAAAUCAGCUAGGUUUAAUGGGUACACUGUUGAACUUCUUUAACAAGAAGUCAAGCUCAAGGUCAUACCCUCUAUCUGUUAAAUUAUCUAGUUUACUUGGCUGUUUAAAUUUUAAUCCUUAAGUAGCAAUGCACCCUAUUUUUUAUUUUACGAUUUUAUUUGUCAAGGAGAGACAGAAUGCUGCCACUCAGUGGGUUACAGUAAUCUGCCCAUGCAUCCUGUUAACCCUUUAAGCGGUAAUGCGCCCUGAUGCGCCAUACUAUAUUUUUUGAAUCUGUCUAACUCCAGACGUAAUUUUACUUGUCAAGGGGAAAGUGCUGCCACUCAAUAGGUUAAUAAAACUAACACAUGUUCCCAUUGUUCUUACGUCACUGCAAUGUCAUUGCUAUAUAUAAUCUUUUCAUAUAUAGAAAGUGUCCAGACCCUUGUGACAGUCUUAGCGAUAGCAGGAAGAAUGUUUGUGUCUGGAAAUUUUGGAAAUAUUUAUAUCUAUACUUGUGAACUCUAUCCUACCGUGAUACGGUAUGUAUAUUCAAUAUUAAAUAAUCAUCUCUCAUUAUCACUUUCAGUUUUAGAUAGCAAAUUGGAUAAAUAUUUUAUACAAUUCAUAAUGUAGGAACGUAGGUCUUGGUUCAGGGAUAUUCUGGGCAAGAAUUAGCGGCAUUGCAGCACCACAAAUUUUGUUACUGGUAUGUACUAGCUAAAUUAAGUGUCACAUACACCUUUAAAUGAGUGUCAUGCAUGUAAAUUAACCCAUUGAGUGCCAAAUACAACUUUAACUUUUUUCUGUAGGGCGAAUACACAGCUGAGGCCGUACCUGUUAUUAUAUUUGGUGGCUUGCUUCUGUUGUCCGGUGCACUUGCUCUAUUGCUACCAGAAACGUUAAAUGUGAAACUGCCUGAGACACUGCAGGAUGUAAGAAAAUUUGAAAUGCCACAAGAAGGACAGGGAAAGUCAGGCCUAAAUGUGGCUGAGGAUGACAAAAAUGUCGAAUUGGUCUCAUGAAAAUUAAGAUAGUGAUCGAUAGCUACUUGGACAGUUGUUACCACACACCUAUAUACAGCAGGGCCUUUUUUAAGGAUUUUCCCGUGGGGAAGGGGGGGCAUUUUUUGAAAAGGGACCUUUCUGUGAGAUACUAUAUUAGAGGGGGAUAGCAAUGGCUGAAGGCCACGUGUGUGGCCAAUAUACCACACAUAAAUGGGGGGUCUCGGGGAGUACUCCCCCAGAAAAGUUUUGAAAUUUGAAUCCCGGAAAUGUCAUUUCCUGCAUUCUGAGCAUCCAAAUUUGCUCCAAAGUUUAUGCUAACUAUACUUGUAUUUGAAAUAAAUAAAGGAAAAA